UUUCAAUGAGGUUUAUUUCAAACAAAGUUUUAUAUAUGUCACUCGGUUGAAGCUUAAGCAAGUAAUCCAAAGUACAAUCAUUUUUGUCAAUACAGACACAAAACGAUAAGAAAACGAAUGAAAUCAAAUAUUAUAAAUACUACACGAAAAAGACCUAAGCGCAACAGUCUAACGAGCUGCACAGCACUUUAAAGUCGAGUCACAUCUUAUUAGGCAUAUAUACAGGGACAGACAAGAAGAAGAACAACAACAACUACAACAUUAAAAACAAAUUUUGCUAAGAUUUUUAACGUUUAUUUUUCCAAAACACGCUUUAUAUGAGAGAAAUUGAAACGAGGUUAGAAUAGCUUGAAGUGAGAUUAGAAACGCUAAACGUGAGGUGAGAGUUGCUUGAUUUAAGAUAAGGUUAGCUGUGCUUAGAACAGAACUGCAUAAAGUGAGGUUAGAAUUGCAAAAAAUGUUCUUAGAAUAGCCGGAGGAAAGUGUGGGGCACGAUUAGCUUAAAGUGAGAGUAGAAUUGCAGCAGCUCUAAAUUAAGAGGUAAAACGUUUUAAAGUAAGAUUAAAUUGAAUAAAAAGUGAGGUUAAAUCUGCAAAGUCAGCUAAAACUGCCUAAAAAGUGAGGUUAGCUCAAAAGUAAGGCUAGGCACAACUGCCACGUGUUGCAAACUAAGAAAUAGCUGCGCCCAUGCAUGCGCUAAACUAACGAAAUCAAAUUAAAGACCGUAAAAUCGAAUGGUUAUUAGGCGUAAAUCAUAGUUUAUAACUAAGGCCCGUAUACUUAAGCGCAGUAAGCAAAAUGUAUGCAGCUGCUGGCGGCGCCUCCUUGGCCUCGCGCCAGGCACGUCAGCGCCAGCGACAGCAGAAGAAGAACCAACAGCUACAAGCGAAACUACAUCCACCGAAAGCAACUGUAGUUGGUGUCGGACUCGGCGCUGCUGAUCAUGGCGGCGCGUCGACGCCGACACGCAGUCAAUCGCGACAAUUCCACCAGCUGCCCACCAGCUACUUGCGGGCGCCGCAGCAGCCGCAGGGACGCAAACUGAGCGCCACCUACACGCAGUCCCGUUCGCUGCUGCCCAUCGAGGAGGCGACGGGCGGCUCCGAUACGCAAUCGGUGCUGCAGCUGCGCAUGCAAUCUCACACGCACACACACUCGCACAUCCAUGGGCACAGCCACGCCCAUGGGCUGCAGGGCCAUGGACAUAGUCAUAUGCAUCACAGUCAUGGGGGUCCCGUGCAGACGCCCUAUCAACAGUUUGCCUCAUCACAUGGACGUGUCUCACCGAAGCUCGUGCAUCGGCACAGCGGCAGUAGCGCUGGCUUCCAUCCCGGAGCAGCAGCAGCAGCAGCAGCAGCAGCGACAGCGGCAGCGGGACAGCUGCAUAAAUCGGCAACGGCAACAUUGCCGCUGGUAUCCCAAAUGGAGGCAACGCCGCCAACGACACCUGCGAUGCCAUCGGCUGCGGUCGGCGUUAAAACGACGGCGAUGUCGAUGCUGGAGACAGACGCCACGCCCAGCACAUCAGCGGCGGCGGCGGCCGCAGAAGCCGCUGUCUCUGAAUCUCAAUUGGAGCUGGACGGCGCGGCGGCUAUGUUUAUAGCUCACCAUGAUGCGAUCAUUGUAACGCCGGCCACGCCCAUGGCCUCGCCGGGACACGCCGCCGCAGUGGCCACAGCAAUAAAGCUACGACGAGCCGACGAUGACGACGAGCCACAUGAUUCCGCAGAGCGCCAACCCCUAACAGCGUACGACGAAGACGAGCCGAUGCAACCGCCCAGCGGUCCAUUGGAGCGUAAAUGCAGCGUCUACCGCAUGCGUCGCAGCGAUGCAUUCGAGCAGACUGACGUUGGCGUCACCAGCGGUCUGAAGCGGCAGCUGCGCGAGCUGCAAUUCCAGCAAACCCAAUACGAGCCACUGAUCAGCGAUGAGCCGCAACUGCUCUUCAAGGGUCGCAAAUGGCAGCUAUGCGCCUACUGCGAGGAGGGCAUCUGCGUCUGCGAGCACAUCGAGUGCGCUCAGGGACGGGCCGCCUGGCUGGAGCGCGGCCGUCGCUGCAGCGUCCAGGAGCAGCAACAGCAGCAGGCCACCUGCCAUCGACGCUGGGUGAAGCGCAAUAGAAUCCAAGAUGCCUCAUUAGGCGGUUCCUCGGACGAUGAGGACUUUCUAGGCGUACUACGAGGACCCAGUACUUUUGCGAAUGCCUUUCUAUAUGUGGGCCUGGGAACCGUUGCAUUGGGCCUGGUCAUUGCGUUUGUCGGCACCGGCGAGAAGGGUUUUAAAACAGUGGAGCUAAGACUUAUAGGGCCCUCUCUAAUAGGUUUGGGUCUGAUCUGUUGCAUUUUACGCAUCCUCUUCUGCAUUUGCCCAUCCCACUGCAUCUCAUCCAGCAAGAAGGCGCGCAAGAAAAAUGGAAAUAAGAUCGAUGCGGAUCACACGACAUCCCUGCUCCGCAACGAGAGCAAGCGCGUUUCCAUAGCUCGUGGACCCUCUAUACAGCCAAAAUAUCCAAUUGCACACAAGCGCAGUCAGAGCAAGAUGCUCAAUGAGGGCAUGGAGGCACUGCGUCAAAUAGCAACAACAUCGCUCUUCAUGCAGAACGAACAGAAGACGGCCAUAAACCGCGUGGUGCCCAUUAUAAACGAGCCGGAGAGCAUGGAUCACAUGGGAGCUGAUGCGCCACUUGAGAUGAAAAAGUUGCAAACGGCGCUCAAUAUGUGUGAGAUGAGCGAUGAGGAGCAGGAGGAGAGUGUUCAACUGCAGCAGCAGACUGCUAAACGUGCAACAGCGACAAUUGCAACAACUGCAACAUCAGCAACAAAAACAACAACAACAGCAACAACUGCCGUUACGAGUAGUACCACCAAAGCAACAACCCUAACAACCGUAGAUGAGAGACCCAAUAGCAAAUUGUUGCGUCAACGCGUUGCACUGCAGCAGCAGAGGCAGCAGUCGCAGCAACAGCUGCAGCUGCAACAGCAACAGCCACAACUGGAGCAAUCACAGUCAUUGUCCUCCUCGUCCACUGUCCGAGACUCACUCGAUGGCGUUGUCAUUGUGGAGGAGACCUCGCUUAUGGACACAGCCACACCCACAGUAGCCGCCACGCCUAUGCCCCCGCCCAUAGCACUGCCCAGCAGCUGCAGCAGCGGCGCCAUACCCCGGCUCAAAAGCUCAACGGCAACAUUUAGUGCAGCACGUCCGGGCGUCUCUACGGGCGCCACGCCCAAGACGACGCCCACCACCAGCAACAGCAACAGCAACAGCAGCAGCAACAGCAGCUACAGCAACAACUACAACACACGCCUCACCAGCUCCCAGUCGCAGCCCAAUAGCUACGAUCUGCCGCCAGCGCUGCCGCACACAUAUUCAGCGACAGCCACAGUACGCGGCCCACUGGGCAUGACUCUAACUGGCUCCAGCAGCGCAUAUGGCAUGCCUGCCAGUCGUACAGCAACGUCAACGUCCACGACAACGACGAUCAGUUUGCUGCCACUACCAGCGCCUCCAACCGCUGCAACAGCAACAGCAGCAGCAACAGAAGGAGCAACAACCAGCAACAUACCCGGCCAGGUGCUGGAGUCUCAAUCGAGGCUGGCCACAACAAGUCUGAGCAUAUUGCAGCCACUGCACAGGCCAGCGACGGCCCACUCGAUGACAGCCGCAACGUCGUCAGCUGCAGCAAGAACUGCGACUUCAGCGGGUCACAAAUCACAGCCGUCAUCCGCCAGUCUAGCAAUGGGGCGUGGCAAUCAGCAGCUGCUGCUGCUGCCCAGCAAACUGGAGCCGGAGCUGGUGCUCAGUCCCUCAAAACUGGGCCAGUAAAACAAAUUAGUUAUGAUUUUAGUUAGGAUUUCUGCAGCCACAAAUAAGCUAUAUAUAUAUAUAGUGCAGUAUGCUUGUGAGGGAGUGUAUGUGCAUGUGUGUGUGUGUGUGUGUGUGUGUUGAUGAGUGUGUGUGUGUAGCUACUAAAUACUCUAUUUUGAAUGUGCCACAACAAAGCGAACAAUUUAGAUAUUUUCUUUUGCCACCUUUGACUUUUUGAAGUUUCCUGUGUAUCCCAGCAUGACUGCGAACCGUAUAAAAAGCUUUCAGUGUCUAUUUUCCGAUUAGAAAUAU